GGAAGAGACCGCCCCAUGGGCGGAAGUGACGCAAGGCCUACUGUCGGCUGUGAGGGUAGGUGUAGCCGGUCUUUGGGGUUGGCGGUAGUGGCGGAAGAGGUUCGGCGGUUGAUGGCGGAUCAGGAUCGGAAGCCUGUGUAACUUUCUCCCUUGGUCCGGGAGUCUUUCCUCUGGAUUCACAAUGACAUCCUUUCAAGAAGUCCCAUUGCAGACUUCCAACUUUGCCCAUGUCAUCUUUCAAAAUGUGGCCAAGAGUUACCUUCCUAAUGCACACCUGGAAUGUCAUUACACCUUAACUCCAUAUAUUCAUCCACAUCCAAAAGAUUGGGUUGGUAUAUUCAAGGUUGGAUGGAGUACUGCUCGUGAUUAUUACACGUUUUUAUGGUCCCCUAUGCCUGAACAUUAUGUGGAAGGAUCAACAGUCAAUUGUGUACUAGCGUUCCAAGGAUAUUACCUUCCAAAUGAUGAUGGAGAAUUUUAUCAGUUCUGUUAUGUUACCCAUAAGGGUGAAAUUCGUGGAGCAAGUACACCUUUCCAGUUUCGAGCUUCUUCUCCAGUUGAAGAGCUGCUUACUAUGGAAGAUGAAGGAAAUUCUGACAUGUUAGUGGUGACCACAAAAGCAGGCCUUCUUGAGUUGAAAAUUGAGAAAACCAUGAAAGAAAAAGAAGAACUGUUAAAGUUAAUUGCCGUUCUGGAAAAAGAAGCAGCACAACUUCGAGAACAAGUUGGGAGAAUGGAAACAGAACUUAACCAUGAGAAGGAAAGAUGUGACCAACUGCAAGCGGAACAAAAGGGUCUUACUGAAGUAACACAGAGUUUAAAAAUGGAAAAUGAAGAGUUUAAGAAGAGGUUCAGUGAUGCUACAUCCAAAGCCCUCCAGCUUGAGGAAGACAUUGUGUCAGUAACACAUAAAGCAAUUGAAAAAGAAACCGAGUUAGACAGUUUAAAGGACAAACUCAGGAAGGCACAACAUGAAAGAGAACAACUUGAAUGUCAGUUGAAGACAGAGAAGGAUGAGAAGGAACUUUAUAAGGUACAUUUGAAGAAUACAGAAAUAGAAAAUACCAAGCUUAUGUCAGAGGUCCAGACUUUAAAAAAUUUAGAUGGGAAUAAAGAAAGCGUGAUUACUCAUUUCAAAGAAGAGAUUGGCAGGCUGCAGUUGUGUUUGGCUGAAAAGGAAAAUCUGCAAAGGACUUUCCUGCUUACAACCUCAAGUAAAGAAGAUAAUUUUUUUUUAAAGGAGCAACUUCGUAAAGCAGAGGAACAGGUUCAGGCAACUCGGCAAGAAGUUGUCUUUCUGGCUAAAGAACUUAGUGAUGCUGUCAACGUACGAGACAGAACAAUGGCAGACCUGCAUACUGCACGCUUGGAAAAUGAGAAAGUGAAAAAGCAGUUAGCUGAUGCAGUGGCAGAACUUAAACUAAAUGCUAUGAAAAAAGAUCAGGACAAGACUGAUACACUGGAACACGAACUAAGAAGAGAAGUUGAAGAUCUGAAACUCCGUCUUCAGAUGGCUGCAGACCAUUAUAAAGAAAAAUUUAAGGAAUGCCAAAGACUCCAAAAACAAAUAAACAAACUUUCAGAUCAAUCAGCUAAUAAUAGUAAUGUCUUCACAAAGAAAAUGGGGAAUCAACAGAAAGUGAAUGAUGCUUCAGUAAACACAGACCCAGCCACUUCUGCCUCUACUGUAGAUGUAAAGCCAUCACCUUCUGCAGCAGAGACAGAUUUUGACAUAGUAACAAAGGGGCAAGUCUGUGAAAUGACCAAAGAAAUUGCUGACAAAACAGAAAAGUAUAAUAAAUGUAAACAACUCUUGCAGGAUGAGAAAGCAAAAUGCAAUAAAUAUGCUGAUGAACUUGCAAAAAUGGAGCUGAAAUGGAAAGAACAAGUGAAAAUUGCUGAAAAUGUAAAAUUUGAACUAGCUGAAGUACAAGACAAUUAUAAACUUCAGUUGGCAGAGAAAGACAAAGAAAUAAGUGGUCUGACUUCACAUUUGGAAAACCUCUCCAGGGAGAAGGAACUUAAAAGGAGUCUAGAAAAUCAAGCAGAAAGGAAAAUGGAAGGUCAGAAUUUUCAGAGUCCUCAAUGUCUCAACACAUGCUCAGAGCAAAAUGGUUAUGUUCUCACACUAUCAAAUGCACAACCAGUUCUGCAAUAUGGUAAUCCUUAUGCAUCUCAGGAAACAAGAGAUGGAGCAGAUGGUGCUUUUUACCCAGAUGAAAUACAAAGGCCACCUGUGAGAGUCCCCGCUUGGGGACUGGAAGACAAUGUUGUCUGCAGCCAGCCUGCUCGAAACCUUAGUCGACCUGAUGGCUUAGAGGACCCUGAGGAUAGCAAAGUAAUUUUGAAUUUUCAUUGUCCCAGGAAACCCUCAGUCCACUUUGUUUCUCUACAGAUUUGUCUGUUCUGCACAGUCAUGAAGAUGAGAAUGUGCCUACUGCUCCUAAUCCUCCAAGUCAACACUUACGUGGACAUGGGACAGGCUUUUGCUUUGAUUCCAGCUUUGAUGUUCACAAGAAGUGUCCCCUCUGUGAGUUAAUGUUUCCUCCCAACUACGAUCAGAGCAAAUUUGAAGAACAUGUGGAAAGUCACUGGAAGGUGUGCCCCAUGUGCAGCGAGCAGUUCCCUCCUGACUAUGACCAGCAGGUGUUUGAAAGGCAUGUGCAGACCCAUUUUGAUCAGAAUGUUCUAAAUUUUGACUAGUUAUUUUAUUAUGAGUUAAGACAGUUUAGCGGUAAAAAAAAAAAAAAAAAAAAUCACCUAAAAUAGAGCACUGAGGAGACCAUAGAGUGAUGAGUGAUGCUUUCAUGUACCCUCUGUUGCACUUUCUGACCAGGAGCUACUUUGAGUUCGGUGUUACUAGGAUCAGGGUCAGUCUUUGGUUUAUCAAUAAAUUUUAAUCUGUUAAUCUUACUUGCUUUAAAACAAAGUUCUUGUGUGUUCUUAACUUUAUUUAUUCCCUAGUUUGCAGAAUUGUCUGAAUAAAGGAUACAAGGAUUAUUGCAAUGUUACUGCACUGAAAAAUGUGUAUGUAUUAGUGUGCUACAUUAUUUAGCAGAAUAUUCACAAGUUUCUGUUGACCUUGUUGAUUGAGCAUGACUACUAAAUAUUAUGUAAUAAAAAGCAUUUAUCAUAACAGUCUUGGUGAAGUAGUUCUUCAAAUACAGAGUUCUAUAAUUUAGCCCAUGAAAUGAUAGGUUUUUAAUUUUCAGAAAUGGAGCUGCAUGUAGAAUGAGAUCACAUGCUUUUUAUAUGUGAAAUGUUGGUUUUAGCAAUUAACAGAAGGCAUAUUUUGCUAAUUUUAUGACAAAAUUUUAGAAUAACCUGAAUGAUUAUUUUUAAACUAUCUUGAAGUUGUAUGUAUAUAUCUAAUGGGAAAAUGGAACAAGAGAUGUCAAUAUCAUUGUUUUCCUAUUAAAUGAUCUCAUAACAGGGGUGUUUGUGGCAUAAAAUCACAGAAUAUAUAUCAGUAUCUUUUUUACAUUUUCCUGAUGAGAAUAUAAAUUUGAAAUAUUCUCAGUAAGUGAUUAAAAGUACAAUGCAUAAACCCAAAUCAAAGUAAUGUGUUUCUUCAGUUAUGUCUCUGCUGUAUAGAACUCUCACUAACAUUAAAGAAUGAGG